AUGAAAAAAUCAAGGUGGUCAGUGGUUAUACUCGUCUUGCUCGUCCUCUUCUGCGGUGUUGUGUUCUCCGAUCAGAUCAUUCCAGCUCAUACAGGUGGUACCUUUGGUCGGAGCUCCCGAGAACCAAAAUUCAGAAUUGAGUUUCAUUCAGAAGACUCACCAUUCCAUCCAGAUGACGACCAAGAGUCCAUUGUUAUGCCGGAUAAAAGUGGAGAAAAAUUUCUAUGUUAUUUGCCUAAAGUGGAGAAAUCCAAGAGCGGAAAGUUAGUUGCUCAACAGAAUAUAAGCAGUAUGAUCGUGGAGUCUGAGACACGCGUGAAGUUGAAGACACCAGAUGAGCUGCUAGAAGUUUUAAAGGAUCGAUGCUUUGUCCGGCAAGAGGGAUGGUGGUCCUAUGAAUUUUGCUACCUAAAUCGGCUGCGCCAAAUUCAUUUGGAGGACGAGAAGGUUGUUCAAGAAUUUGUCUUGGGAGUAUAUGACAAAGAAGCUACAGAGGCUAACAAUCAAAAUCUUUCUGAUAUAUCAAGAUUGAAGGAUCCUCGCUCAAAAGAUGCUUCUCAACGGUAUCAUGCUCAUAUAUUUACUAAUGGAACCCUCUGUGAUCUGACAAAUGAGCCACGAGAAACAGAGGUUAGAUUUGUUUGUUCUGAACCCAGAGCUAUGAUAAGCUCAAUCACAGAGUUGUCGACAUGCAAGUAUGCGCUGACAUUCCAUUGCCCAACACUUUGCAAGCAUCCAUUAUUUCAUGAAGAAAGGCCACUGUCACACACCAUUCACUGCAACACUCUCCCCAAAGACGAACCAAAGGGCGAUGUCGAUGCUGAUGCUGACAGCUUUGAAGGCGGAAAGAUAACAAUGGUUACUGAUAUUCGAUACCUUCCUGCUUUCAACUCAAAAGAAUAUGCAACUUGA